GAACAAGUUGCAAGGAGCGAGAUCUGGUGAAUACGGUGGAUGUGAAGAGAGGACCUCAUUGUUUCUGGUUAAAAACUCCUUGGUUGACAGCAGUGUGUGCAAGUGCUUUGUCAUGGUGCAAGAUCCAGUUCUGGGUGUACCACUUCUUCGGACGUGUUUUUUCCCUGAUACUUUCCCUUAGACACCUAAGCACGUCAAUGUAAAAUCGUUUGGGUGCGCACGCAGGGUGCGCACGCCACAUUCGAAUGACAUCAUUUGACAUCAUUGCUUCUGCAUUCAGGAAUUUCCCACUGAAAAAAGCAACCUUUCCUCAUUCUAAACAGUGCUAAUUCUUAUAGGGUAAUCUUUCUUCAUUAGUAUGCACUGUGAGUUAUGUAGUGAUUGUAAAACCAGUUAAUCCACAUUUUCAAAUUCCUCUCAGCCUACAUCAUUUAAACCAAUUGAAACUGGUGAUGUUCUUGCACAACACACACCCGUGACAUACUUGGAAACAGACCUGUUAUACCAGUCAUCAACUCCACCCACUCUAGGUUUAAAAUAUAAGUCUUGUAUUUUUGAGAGGUGGAUUGUUUCAUGAUCUACAGGGACCUCUGCCUUCCUUCCCCACCAUGGCUGCAUCCAGCUGUCCUCUAGACGACUUCUCAUGCCCUGUGUGUUUGGAAAUACUGUGUGACCCAGCUACGCUUCCUUGUGGUCACACCUACUGCAUUCAGUGCAUCCAGAAACACUGGGAUAAAGCUUCUGCAAAGGGCCAGUACUCCUGUCCUCAGUGUAGACAGGUGUUCAAUCCCAGGCCCUCUCUGGGAAGAAACAACAUGCUGAUGGAAGCCAUGAAGAAACUGAGAGUAGGAGAACAGGACAAGUCCUCACCAGUAUGUGCUUCCCUAACUCCAUGUGCUGUCGUGUCAGUGAACCCUUCUCUCCAGCCAGCAGCAGGAAUGUCUGAUGGAGCUACAGGACCUGAUGAAAAGACUACAGUACAGGGGGGAUUAUAUCCUCAGCUCCCUUCCACUUCACCCAAGCUGUGUCCAUUACACAAACAGGUGCUGGACCUCUACUGCUGUGAUGAUAAAGAGAGUGUGUGUGAUGAAUGUAGCCUCGUAGAACAUAAGGGUCAUCGAGUGGUGCAUCCAGAUGAAGAAAAGGAGCAAGAGCUCUCAAAAAAGAAGGCAAAGAUACAAAGAAGUAUUCAAGAAAGAGAGAGGAUCAUUCAGACACUACCGCAGAUUUUUCAAGCUAACAAGACUGCCAUUCAGGGGCUGCAGACAGAGAAUCUGCAGAUUUUUGGUGAAGUCAUGAAGAGUGUGGAGUUGAUGAGCUCACAAGUAACGGAACUCCUUCAAGCUUAUGAGGCCUCCACUUAUAAUCGUGUAGAGAGCCACCGCUAUAGACUACAGGAGGAGAUCAGCCAACUAUACAAACAAGAUGAAGAGCGAAUCAGACUGACUAACUCUCAGGACUCCAUUCAGUUCCUAAAGACACUUGACACCAGAGAUGGUGUGGAUGUGGUUGGAAAUGCACAGCUGGAGAUUUUACCCCCGGAGUCAGUAGAGUCUGGGAUCAGAUCAGCUCUUGGAGAUUUCAGAGAGGCGCUGCAUGACCUUUGUAAAGGAAGCCUGGCCAGUAUCUUCAGAGUUGUCAAUGAUGCAGAAAAAACAGCAACAGUACUUAAUGCUCAGGCAUCAGAGAAGUGCCCCAAUCCCAAUAAUUUGCAGGCUGCUUCACAAAAUACAGCUCCUGAAAUGACACCUGCAUCUAGCAACAGUAACAGCAAACCUAAAACCACAACACUUCAGCAUCCUGCAGCUUCCUCUGCAAAUUCGGAGAAGAAAAUGACUUCCCUAAGUAUGGAAAAUCCAGCACCUAAAACAAGGGAGGAAAUGCUAAAAUUCCGCUUUGAGCCCACACUGGACCGCAACAGUGCUUAUCGUCACAUCCGCUUGUCUGAUGGAGAUCGCAAGGCCAGUCUCCGUGCAGAAAAUCAGAAUUAUCCAGAGCACACUGAACGCUUUGUCUACUGGAGACAGGUCAUGUGUCAGGAGUCUUUGGCAGGAGGUCCUUACUACUGGGAGGUGGAAUGGACAGGACAGAAGGUCACUAUUGGUGUAACCUAUAAAGACAUUGGGCGCUCCACAGCGGACGACAGCUCCAGACUGGGCCAUAAUGAGCGCUCAUGGAGCCUGUACUGGUCAGGCACAGCCUUCUCUCUGUGGCAUGCAGGAAAGGAAACAGUGCUAGCUGCUCCUAAAGCCCGGCGCAUUGGGGUCUAUGUGGACCAGCAGGCAGGUGUGCUGGCCUUCUACAGGGUCUCUCACAACCAGGCCCACCAGAUCUGCUGCGUCGAAACUGAAUUUAGUGGGGCUCUCUACCCUGGUUUCCGCUUCUGGUCUGGUGUGGGUUCUACCAUCACCAUUUGCCAGCUGGGCUGAGUGAUGAAGGGCCAUGGAGAUCCUUAUUUGUGAACCUAUUGCACUGUUUCUCUCUUACUUUGUUUUUCAAUUAAAUGUUAAUGUAUGGAGACCUGUGAUUUUAAUGUCAGUGAAAUGAAUAGAUUCACCACUAGAUGUUGCUGCAAGCAUACAACUCACAGACAUUCCUAUGUAAUCUCAGGAACAGAGCACUCCAUCUGUGGCCACCUCCUGCUGGUGUAAUCAUUUGAAACAACUACAGAUGGGGUGACUAAUUUGUCAUUUUUCCUUUAAUUUAAGGAUGAAAUGGAAAGAAUGAAAAGUUCUUUAUAAGGUGUUGGGUCACCACAAGCUGCCAGAAUAGCUUCAGUGCAACGGUGCACAGAUCCUACAAGUCUCUGUAACCAGAAAGAGGAACAGCAUUCUUCCAAAAGAUAUUGCAAUUGCAAAAUAUACCCACCCUUCUGUAUGAAUGCACAAACUACUUAAUGGCUUCUUUAAAGUAAAUGAAAUAGUAUAUGAAGUUAAACUGAUGAAUUUGGAGUUUUGGACUGAUGAGCAUGUAAAUAAUAAUAAGAAGAACUUCACUCAUGUCCUAUUACAUUAAAAAGCCACUUCUCACAUUACCUCCAGUGAAUGUUCACUGCUUGCCACCAACAAUAAUAUUCUAUAAAAAAGAAUUUUCUUAAUAUUUCAUCAGAUAUUAAUUCCAAAAACAGAAAAAAUCAAAUAUUGCAUGUCAGUUUUCAUAUUCUGUUGGAAUCUCAUUUGAUUUCUUCUGCCUCAGUGAAUAUAGUUCCUCUGAGUUCUUCCUAUGCAACAUUUGGGCUUUUCCUGAAAUCAAGUACAUAGAAAAUGUUUAAAGUACCCCUGAAUUUAAAGAAGUGAUUUUUGAAAUGGUUAAUUCUUGUAUGGCAGAUUAUACAGAUUGGAGGUUGUUAACACAGUACAAAAGUCAUAAAAUAGGUGACAGUUUGAGCCUAUCAUAGUUCAACACUCCAUUUACUUGGGGAUGAGAUCACACCUGAAAACAUUUAGCCCCAUAACCUCUGUGGGUCUAAUUUAGCUAAUGUCACUGAUGAACAAAAGUGUGAUGUUAUUUUGUAGUGUUUGUGCUACUGGUAAAUAAAUCAGAAUAUGAG